AUGGGGUUUGCCAACGGAAAAGGAAUCUUUCGCUACAGUUUAUUUUCUCUGGUUCUUUGCCUAUGGCUAUGCGGAAAUAAUGGCAUAGAUGACUUCGAAAUAUUUCGAAGUAAACAUGAUAUAUUUACGAAUUUGAAAUGUAAAGAUGAAAGUGGGUUAAAGUGCAAUGAUGAACAGUGUAACUUGUACAACGCUAAUUGUGUUGGAGAGAGUAACUGCAAAUACUGUAUAUGUAGUAGAGAAAACAAGACUACAUUUAUAAGUAUAACAACGGAAGAUGAUACAAGCAAUGGCGUAUGCAAUAGCGGUGACGAAGAUAUUCUACCAGGUACGUGAUAAAAUAGGAAUACCUAAAAUGAUACACUAUUUAUAUAUUAUACCAUGCAUUAUAGAUGGCGAUUAUUUAUAUUAUACAUAGAUUGCGCGCGGCCAACUCAGCCUCAGGUUUACAGCUAUAGUAUAGUCAAAUCUCAUCAGAAUAGCCGGGCUCUUUGUAGUUAUAACUCAGGCUAAAAAUAGUUGAGAACAAUAAGCGACUGGAGAUCAUGGAGCCGAGCUGAGGGAUUAGUAAAUGAAGGAGAAAGACAAAGCACAUAAUUUUUUGCCCUCCAGAUUGAUGGUUAUGUAAAGUGUUCAGGUUAGACCAGCUGCCAGAUAAUGAGAGUUUACAUUAUCAGAAUCUUUUUCAAACAUUUAAUAGUGAGCUUUUAGUCGUAAUAAGGCAAUACAAUUUGAAAGUUUAAACGUGAACAAGGAGCAAUACUAUAAGCCGCUAUUUCUUUCGUAAAACGCACUGCUUUUUGUCAAUAUAGGAUGCUACCGUUUCUCUGAUGGCUCUUUCGUAGCUUACCUUGAGUUGGGGGAAACUGGCCCCAAACAGACAAAGAUAAAUAUUUCUUCUCCAAGUUUCACCAAGAACGGCAAGUGCCAAAUACAAAAAACAUUUGAAUUCUUCCAAAAUGGCGAAGAAUGGAAGACGCACACUGGUACUCCUUUCCUCCUGAAAGAAAUAAGAACGAACACGAUUGAGUUAGAGGUAAGAGAAAUGACGAUUUGGCCGGCAAAAACUGAGGCCAAUAUAAUAAAAUACCAAUUCCGAAUACAAAUUGUUUUGUGUAAAACACGUAUAACCGAUAGGUACGUAGUAUUGGUAUGUAUGCAUGGUAUAUAAAUACAAUUGAUUAUUUUGUUCAAAACACUGCGUGAUAUUUAUUUGACAAAGCAUAGCUUAACCAUGCGUUUCAAAUGACGCAACCAAGUCGUUAGAAUUCAGUUUUCUAUUAUUAAUUUGCACUAAUAACAAUCUAGACUUAAACUCAUUUCCCUUGGAUUUGUCCGUGUUUCAAUAGGAAUAUUUCAUUGUUUAGUAAUCUGUAUUUUGUAUUUUUGCAAUCUCGAACCCUGAGCCUGCAAUCCUCUGUGGAGGCUCGUACCUGUAGUUCUUAAUAUUGGUAACGAUUUUGUAUUUUGUAUAUUUUGUAACAUUUUAAAAAUUAUCUUCGUCCCACUUGGAAAGCAGCUUCGGUUGAAGUGGCCAUGCAGCGUAGUCAAAUACUCGGUUAACUCUAACUAUCCGCUACCUAGUACUUUUUCCUGUUUCCAUUGGCUGUUCGAGAUAGCGGGUUUCAACCAGUGCAUGGUUCCAACUGUAUAUAAGUCGACAUGUUUUAUUUUAACAAUUUUAGAUAAACUCGGCGGAAGACUUUGAUUUCUGGAACGGUUCGCUGUUAAAAGUCACUAUUGCUUGUGAAGGCAAUCGAGGCAUGACAGGUAACGAAGAACGUUGUGCUCUGUUUAAAGUGGAAACAUUGCCAAGAUAUGAUGAGGUUUGUAGUAAAUAUUUGUGAUUUGCGGUCCAUUUGCAUGAUCAUCUAUAGAUCACUUCAGACUCUGUGUUGUUCAGCAGUUAAUAAGAGCUUCAGAUACCUUGUUAGCCCUACCUUGAUAUUUAUAUGCUAUAUAGUAGAAUUAUAUUCACGAAAAAUUUUACAAUGAAUAAUAUAAUUAAUUAAAUUCUUGCAACGAUAUUUUAGUCCAAAUGUAUAUAAAUGAGUCAAAUGACAGUAAAAUGAAAACUUACUAUCGUGAAAAGACUUUGAUCAUACUAGUUAUUAUCUAAACUACAUACAUACAUACAUAUAUAUAAGGGUCGCGGAAACAUACAAUAGGAUGUCAGGGCAGAAAAUGAAUAUUGGACAUAUUAAAAAAUUGGGUGGGAUAUCCUAUAAUUUAAAGAAGCAAGCAGGCAGUGUUUUAUCAGGUUUAAAAAGACGAGGGGGCAUGCAGCUUCAGUGCUUUUAGACCUGAUAAAAGCAAGCAGACCAAAGGGAGGUAGAAUGUCCUCAGUUCUCGUAUGAAUUAGCAAGAUUGAUAAGCAAUAAUCUAGAAUUUGACUGUCUCUUGUUGGUUUAUCAAUUUAACGGCUUUAGUUUAAAUUGAGAAACGCCGGAGACGUGUGACAUUCAAAUUAUUGAAAUCGCUACACAGAAUACCACAUGGCAUGAUAAGUGAUGCUGAGCGUAGCGGAUAAGUAGCGGAUAUAAUAAUAAUAAUAAAUAAUAAUUUUUUGCAGUAGAUUCGUUACACGCGGUUGCUGCGAAAUCAUUAUUACGCUUCCAUCCGUUCACCUAAUUUCAUUGGGUGUUACUUCGAUCUUCAGCAGUGUUCGGAGAUUAUAGUUCUCAUCUGGUAGAUAGAAUAGAUGUUCUCGUCUGAACACAAAGUUAAGUGUGGUGUUCCUCAAGGCUCCAUUUUAGGUCCUUUAUUUUUCCUAAUAUACAUAAAUGAUUUAUCUGAAUGCCUAAAUAGGACAAAGCCAAGACUUUUUGCAGAUGACACAAACCUCACUGCUUCCGGUGUUACAAUUGAUGAUGUUGAAAAUGCAGUGAACUCUGAUUUGGAAAACCUCAGAAUGUGGUUAAACGCGAACAAACUGAGCCUAAACAUUGCCAAAACUGAAUUUAUGCUCAUUGGAUCAAGAUCUCUAGUGCAUACUGUUUCAGAUUCAAAUUUAAACAUGAUUGAAAACAGACCAAUUAAACAAGUGAAGGAAUGCAAGACACUAGGAGUAAUAGUUGACCGUGAUACACUUGUUUAUUUAUUUAUUUAUUUAUUUAUUUAUUUAUAUAACUUCGCCAUUUAUAUAUACCAUACAGUACAAUACAAAAAAAAACAAAAAAAAAAACGAUACAAUCUAACACAAGACAGUACAGUAUAUAUAUAGUUCAGUACAGUACAAUACAUACAGUCAGAUGGCUGGGACACCACAACAGUUAAAACCAAUUACUGUGGGCCCUUAAUUAUUGGGUUUCUAUAUUUAAUGCAAUUGUACAACCAUACUUUACUUGUUGUGAAGUGUGGGACAUUUUUGGUGAAACUCAAUCACAACGAUUACAAAAGCUUCAAAAUAGAUGCGCUCGAAUUAUUAUGGACAUGGGUAACGAAGUUAAUGCCCAAAUCGCAUUAAAUUCGUUAGGCUGGGAGACACUAAAAGUACAAAGAACUAAAGCUAAGGCAAAAUUAACGUUCAAAAUUUUGAAUAUGUCUGGGCCUAAAAGCCUAACAGACCUUUUUGCCACAGCCCCGCACAAAUAGCAUGAAAAGAGUUUUAUGUUUAAUGGGGCAAAAAUAUGGAACCCAGUGCCUAAAGAAAUCAGAGGAAUUAGGUCCCAGUCUCUAUUUGAAAGAAAAAUUGCUCCUCACGUUACUAAAUAAUAUAUUUAUACAUACAUACAGUCGAACCCCUAUUAAGCGGACACCUUCGGGACCUCGCCUAAGUGUCCGCUUAAAAGGGGUGUCCGCUUAAAAGGGGUAUGAAGAAAAACACAGCGGAAGGCAAAGGUGUGUAAUUAGGUUUGUAAUUUGAGUAUCAAAACAGUAAAAUAUAUCUAGCAAAUAAUUAGCAUAAAAUGAAAAUUUCUUUGUACAUAAAAGUUCAUUAGAAAAUGUAUAUGUCUCUCACAGUCAUGUAAAAAAGGAAUCGAUACAAGUUUGCUUUCGAGGCUCACGCAGACGAUAGCUAGCCCAUUAUAAUGUCAUUUACAGAAAAAUGGCGUUGGGAAGUUCUUCCAAACCUCAAAAUUGUGAGAAUUCUGCCAGCCGCUCGACAACUUUAAGGGCUUCGGAGGACGAUUUAAUGAGAGACCAGUCAAAUUCGUCAUCUCCGUUCAGUUUGUUGUCAUCAUCAGUGAUCUGACACAUAUCUUUUGGCUCCUCGGCUGGCGGUUCACAGUCCUCCUUGUUCGUCACUUCCUCAAUAAUCUUGGCUCUGAUGUCUUCGCGCCAAGUUGGUGUGUCACUGCCAAUGUGCCAUGUAAAUUGAUCUCAAUUGUUAUUUACUGUCGAAUAUUGAAUACGUUUUAUCAGACAAUCUGUCAUCUGUCCGCUUAAGAGAGGUUGGUUUACCCAUUGGGACCUCAAGUAAGGUGUCCGCGUCCGUUAAAGAGGGGUGUCCGCUUAGUAGGGGUUAUGAUAAUAGUAUUUUAUUAAAGAAAACGAAUGGGACCUGAGAUAUGUGUCCGCUUAAAAGAGGUGUCGGCUUAAGAGAGGUGUCCGCUUAUAGGGGUUUGACUGUAUAUAAAUCCUUUAUUGUAAAUAGUUAUCUAUAUGUUUUGUUAUAUAACACUUAUAUAUAAUAUUUGAACACACGGCCUUCGUGGAAAUCAAUGUUUUUUAUUGACGUAGUUAGCGUGUCAAAAUAAAAUCAAUCUAUCUAUCUAUCUAUCUAUCUAUCUAUCUAUCUAUCUAUCUAUCUAUCUAUCUAUCUAUCUAGACUAUAUUCGUGACUGCAUGUCAUUUUCACAACAUGUCUAGAGAUUUACAUGAAAUAACUCUUCGACACUCUUUUUCAGACUAUCAUAUUCUUUUCGCACUGAAUUCAACCAUUAUUUAGUCAUAGAAUCUAAGAAUACCUUGCAAGCUUGUCUACGACGCCUUGGUUUUUAUUCUGGUAUGGUCACGGGGAGAUUUCAAGCUAGACGCGAAUCACGUCUAGCUUGAAAUCUUCAACAUCAGUAGAAAAUUCUCAUAUGAAACCGUAUGACCGGCUAUUCUUUUCUCCGUUCAUGAUGGAGCAAAACCUGUUUAUGAAAGACUGUGCUUCUAUGCCUUCGAUUUUAAGAUAUUUCUUAUUUUUCCACCACAAUAUUAUAGUAUUGAGCCUUCUUCUAGCCUACUGAUGCACUUUUUGUCUAAUUGUUUCAGAUUGUAAUACCUGUAGCUCGCGUUGCGAUCAGAAAGGACAACGACAACAAAUUAAUGAAUUUUGAGAUUUGGGGAUUUGGUAAAAAUUUAGCGAGCAAAGGUCGGGACAAUACACGAGCUGCUGGGGUUGGUCGACGGUCACGAUCGACCACACGACCUCCUACCACACGAUCUACCACACGACGAUCUACAACGCGAUCUACCACACGACGAUCUACCACACGACGACCUAUCACACGAUCGACCACACGACCUCAUACCACACGAUCUACCACACGACGAUCUACCACACGACGACCUACCACACGACGACCUACCACACGAUCUACCACACGACGACCUACCACACGACGAUCUACCACACGACCACCUACUAUACGAUCUACCACACAACCUAGAGGACCUACCAGAGCGGUUAGAACGACACUAACUAGCCAAUCACCAACCCCAACGAUUUCCACUACAGAAAAUUCACAGGAAAGUCAAAAAGAUAAAACAUCCAAGUCUGCUGGAAAAAAUUCCAUUGCUACUGCUGUUACCGUUACUCUUCUUCUAGUAGCCUUGGCACUGGCAUUGGGGUAUUUGGUGUACCAUAGAAGACGAAAAAGGUAAAAUUGUAAAAGACAGGCAACAUUUAAACACUUUUUCUCACAAAAAUUAUUCCGGCAAUAAAGGUUAAAGGUUAGUUGGAUAAGAUACAAAUCAAAACAGAAAAUUACGGUUGCCAUAAAGUUUUUUUUCAAUUAGACACAAAACAAUCGACUCUCGGUAAAUUUUAACAUUUUAAUUCUCGACGUUAUGACAAUAUAUUUACAUUCAUCUUCAGAAGAAUGUCAGGCUUUUGAAUAGACCCUUAUGAAAUAUAUGUUGAUAAAUAGUGGUAUUCUCGUGAAGAUGAGUGUAAAUUAAAUACAGUCGAGACGUUAAGGAUUAAAAUGUUAACAAUUUGUCUUGUGUUUAAUUGAAACAGAAAACUACUAAAACUAUAUAUUUUCUAGCUUUAUGAAGAAUGUAGCACUCUAAAAAACCUCAUACAAAACAUAAAACGUUUCUCUAUCCCUUCUUUUCUUUUGACAAUCUCUUGACUGAGUGGAAUCUCCUACGUCCUUUUAACUUCGCCUUUCUUCAAGAUUGAGUAAUUCAGGUUUGCUACCCUAUGACUGUAAUUAAUGGUUGGAUAUUUCUGAUGUAGUGUAUAAUGUGACAUUGAGGGAAAAAAUGUUUCUCGUAUUUCAGGGCACAAGUGCCACAGAACAACUAUAAUGGUAAGAAUCAUAGACACAUUAUUCUGUUAAAGUAAAAUCUAGUCCAGGAGAAUGAGAAGUAGAAAUGGUUUACUGAGAAGCAGCAGUGAUCCAAUGAAAAAAUUAAGUAGUACAUGUUCUACACAAUGGUAAACUUUCACUCAACUUAUAGACCAUGCAUAAAUGCAGUAUAUAUCCUCAUAUUUUAGAUCUUGGUGUUAUAAACCAUUCCAAGGAUAUUUACGAAGAUCCAGAUCGGCGCUACGAAACACUAAAGGAGGACAGAAAUGAAGCAUCGCUAAACCAACCAGGAAUAUCCUCUGACACCUAUAGCUAUCCAGAUAGUAAUAUUUUCCCAAACCCAACAUCAUCCGAACAAGAGUACACCUAUGCCAAAGAUACAGAUUUUCACAAAUCUAGUGGAAGUACACAGGCAACAUCCGAGAAACCAAUAAGUAAUGGUGUAGUGCACCAAACAUUAGAACAGCCAGGGCAACCAACUGUUGAUGACUUCUAUAACUACCCGGAUAAUACCAACACCGCUAAGCCGUCAGUAUCAAGCUAUCAUUUGCCAAGAGGUAAUCCAAAUACAAAGGUGGCGACUCAGUAUCCUGCAAAUAGAGCUGUGUAUCAUACAUAUACAUUGGAACAACCAGAAAAACCGAGUGAUGAUGACUUUUAUCACUACCCUGAUAACACCAACAUUACCAAAACACCAUCACCUGAAUUGGAGUAUUCCUAUGCGAAAGAUACCGAUUUUCCGAGAGGCAAUCCAGAUACAAUGGUAGCGACUCGGGAUCCUGCAAAUAGAGCUGUGCAUCAUACAUUAAAACACGAAUCGCCGACCACAGACGUGUAUAAAUCCUCUAGCACUAAAAUUCCGACUGAUCUGGAGUAUACAUAUGCCAAAGACACCGAAAUCCCGAAAUCUUUUGUAAAUGCUCCAGCUGCCGGUGAUGCAUUAUACCAUACCCCAGAACAGGAAGAACCAGCACCGACUGAACCUGCAGAGUACAGCUAUGUAAAGAAUUCUGAUAUGCCUUCUAUUCAGCUGCGGACAAAGCAAACGACCAACGGGCAUUCUCCUGUUCCUGACAACAGCGGACUGCGUCAUACACUGCAAGAACCAAAUCCACCUCAAGCACCUGUUUAUCCAACUUUGGAAGGACGAGCAGAUGUAGGAAACUACAAGCAGGUGAGAUUAUUUAAACUCUACAUAUCUCCCUGUUUGCAUGCAUGGUACUGAGAAUCAAGGGUGGGUAGUAGCGAAGUAGUUGUAGUUCGCUACUGUAGCGAACUACAAUUUUCAAGUAGCCAGUAGUUUUUGACUACUUUUUUAAAACAGUAGUUGUAGUUGUAACGAACUACAUUUUGCCUAAAGGUAGCCAAAUAGUUGACUACUUUUCAAACAGCGAAUCGCUAUUCGCUACUUUUUAAAAUUGUUAGCAACCGUUCAUAGAAUAGAAUGAUGAUAAGACACGGUUUGCUAAACGAUUAUUUUAUACAGUAAAGAUUAUUUUAGCGCAAUAAAAAGUGGCACUCCUGAACACUGUAGUGCUUAAAAAAAUGUUGCUUUGACCCUUUUUGUUUUAUACUGUUGCUACUCGUAAGUCGAUUUGUUAUAGGUUAUAUUACAGCCUGAGCUAGUGCAUGGAUGCUCCAAAUACCGUAAAACUAAAAAAUAUAGAGUAGCGAAAUAGCGAAAUAGUUCGCUACAUUUUUUAAGCAGUAGCUGUAGUUAUAGCGAACUACAAAAAUUUUGUAGUCAACCCACCCUUGCUGAGAAUUCAGUGCUUGUACAAAGGAGGAACAUACUUGGUUAAGUUUUUUAUGACACGAACUUAAAUUUUUCAAGGAAAUAUUCCCCCACGUAAUAUUAGAACCAUAGAAGCAUGGUAAAUUUGUCUAAGUAAAUUGGUUAACUGUGAGUGAGAAAGUCCAGCAUCCAGAGAUUAUGCAAGUAUUCAUGCACAAAGUACAGUAACUAGUACUCAAUUCUUAUCAUAACAUCAGGGCCAAUUGAAAGAAAAAACAGAAGAUGGAAAGUACUAGUGUACGCUACUCAUUAUUGAUGCUUCAUGUGUAGGUAACAGAUGAAAGACCAAAUUUCAGUGAUCAUACAUAUAUUGAUGUAAUUGAAGAUUCCAACAAGACAGAUUUACCGAAAUGCUAAAAACUCGUCUAGUGUAGCAUAGACUGUAUGUUAUAUUUAAUGUUUAUCAUAAAAGUAUUGGUAAUUGAAACACUAAUACACAUUGCAUGUACUACUCUACUUAGUGAUUAAAUGUGGUUUGAUAUAAAACAACCAUCAGUGACUAAUAUGUACUAUUUAAAACACGAGUAGGAGUGUUUUAUCAGAUAUAUAACGCGAGGCGCAGCCGAGCGUUAUAUAUCUGAUGAUAAAACACGACAACGAGUGUUUUGAAUAGCUUAAAAUACGACUACAAAAGAAUACUAAUUAGGAUGAACCAUAGUGUAAUCAUGCUAAUUAAGAUGAACAAUUAUAUAAUGCCACAUGUGUUUUAUCAGAUAUAAAGUCACUCCACGUGACAUAUUAUGGCUGACAUGAUUUGCCACAAGGUUUAUGAAAUAUUAAUGAGUAUUUUAAAUCUAGAUAAACUAUUUUGUAUGAUAUGUCUAAUAAUAACCGAGAGUGACUCACUCUCGGUUAUUAUUAGACAUAUCAUACAAAAUAGUUUAUUAGUGAGGUCAAGUUAUAGUAAAAUAUUGCUAGGUCUCGCUGUGAUGGAAAUAGAAGUGUAGAAAUCAAGUUUUGCCCCAAUUCGAAGAGACACUAAACACCUGAAAAGAGCAAGAGAAACGGACUACCUAUAUAAGCAAACAUUAAAGGUAAUAAUACAUUUAAUAACUCGUUAUUUAAACGGUUGCGACAGUUAUAACUCAAAAUUGAAUUUAAGUAUAACUAAUUGAUCUUUCAUUUAUUCAAAGAAAUGUCAAUCAUGAUCUAACUCUUUUUAUAUAUAUUGAUUGUUAC